AUGAAGAAAAAUAAGCGUGAUAUUCCUCUGGAGUUUGCUACCAGUAAAGGCAGCGUUGUCCAUAAUUCACUUUUUGGCUUCAAGAAAGGCUGUACUCUAGUUUCCUACAUUCCUAAAAAGGGGAAGUGUGUUAUCUUGGCAUCAAGUCUAAAUGAAGAUAAUUCAGUAGAUGCUGGCACUGGAGAUAAACAGAAGCCAUCCAUUGUAACAUUUUACAAUAGCACCAAAGGUGGAGUUGACACUACAGAUAAGUUGACCACUUCAUACAAUGUAGCAAGAGAUGUGUGCCAUUGGCCCAUGGUCAUAUUUUCUGCAAUGAUCAAUAUGAGUGGAAUCAAUUCACAAGUAAUUUACUAUGGCAACAACGAGAAUUUUAUCCAAAGAAAAGGAUUCGUGAAGCAACUCUCAAAUGCAUUAGUUCUACCUCACUUGGUUCGUAGAUCCUUGGACACCUCAGGAAUUCACAGAGAUCUUCAACUGUGGCUACAACAAUACAGGCCAACAUGUGAAACAGAAGCAGAAGACACAAGCAGAAACGAAGAACAAGGGACUGGGAGCAAGAGCUAA